AAUUUCAUGAGGCCGGGAGACUAUAUGCAUGUACAAAAUUUACAUAAACCAUGUGGCCACAUUGAAUUCGCGCGUUAAAUACCAAAACGAGAGCUGUGCCCCGCCGAUUUAAUUUCUUCCAUCCGUCCCUUUGUAUUUAUACCCGCAUCCGAAGCGUCGUCAAUCCAAACCAAAAACACAUUCCCUUUCUUCUUCUUUUCCUCCUUUCUUUCCUUCUUCUACAAGAGCAAAAACAUGAUGAAGCCAGCUUCCAUUGUUCUUUCUCUAGCUCUAUUAAUGCUCAUAGUUUCCGAACAUGACUAUGCAACUGCAAGAGACGUUCCCACGGCUAUCCCAUCAUCAUCGGCUGGGGCGGCCGGCGUCAACGACCAAAAGAACUUCAUCGGUUACGGUGGUGUCGGUGGGUUUGCCGGCGUUGGGGGUGCCGGUGGGCUUGGCGGGAUCGGUGGGGUCGGCGGGCUAGGUGGGCUUGGAGGAGAUGGGCUUGGAGGAGGCCUUGGAGGCGGGCUAGGUGGUGGUGGGCUUGGAGGAGGCCUUGGAGGCGGGAUCGGCGGUGGUGGGCCUGGCGGGGCUCUUGGUGGCGGCAUUGGUGGACUCGGUGGCACCAUAGGCGGUGGAGGCCUCGGCGGCGGGAUUGGUGCUGGCAACGGAGGCGGGGGCUGCGUCGGCGGCGCCGAUACAGACGUUGUUCAGCCCUGAUCAUUUUGGUUAUUAUAUUAGUUCAUGCAUGGAGUUCUGUUUGUCACUGCCAACUGCUGCUGUGGCCGUUAGUUAAACUUGGCUGCGUUUCUUUUUUUAAGCCGGUGUUUCUGUUUCGUGACGCUGAGUAUUAUGUGUUGCUAUUUCACUUUGUUGUCGUACAUUUUUUUAGCUUUAUCAGUUUAUUGUGCAACAUGUUCACUUAUUUUCCACGGUUCUUUUUUGUCGUUCCAGACAAUUCCUAUUUAAUUACGUAUCCUCCUCGUGACUUGUCAGAGCAGAGUGUCAGAUCAAUUAUUAAUUCCAUAACUAACAAGGGUGAAACGACAACAACCAAUCGGUGCAAAAACCCCAUAUGAGUUAAGAUGGUUAAUAUAUUUUUUGUAGUAAU